AUGCCUCCUAGUGACCGCGUCUCAGUGAGUUUCAGCGUGGAGGCGUGCUGGAACACGGAAAUGCCUUGCUCGCCGCGCUAUGACUGCAUAGAUUUGUUCUCGGGCGCCGAAGCGGUGAAGUUCGGCCUGGUGGAGCGCGGAAUGCGGACUGCCAGCAUCGACAUUGAGCAGCACCCAUCCAUGAACAUCUUGUCUGCUGCGGGCAUGGCGUUCGGGCCUGAUGCGUUUUCCUGCUUGCGCGCAAAGCCUUGCCAUGAGGCUUGUCCUACAUUCGGUCUUGUGCAUGGACUCAUCAGGACCAAGGCGUCGUGCGGUUGA